AUGACCACGUCGCUCAGGUCAUUCAUCAAGUCCGUUAGGGCAUCUAAAACUAUUGCCGAUGAACGCUCCAUCAUCAAGAGAGAAUCAGCACUCAUAAGAACCUCUUUUAAAGAUACCGCCAUAACUCAUCAAGUUCGUCGUGUUAAUAUCCAAAAAUUACUUUAUUUAUACAUCUUGGGAGAGAAAACUCAUUUUGGUCAGAUAGAAUGUAUCAAAUUAUUAGCUUCACCAAAUUUCAUUGAUAAAAGAUUAGGUUAUUUGGCUACAAUGUUGAUAUUAGAUGAGAAUCAAGAAGUUUUAACAUUAUUAACAAAUUCAUUGAAUAAUGAUUUAAACCAUCCAAAUCAAUUCAUUGUUUCAUUAGCAUUGGCUACUUUUGGUAAUAUUGCCUCUCCGGAAUUGGCAAGAGAUUUAUAUACAGAUGUGGAAAAAGUUAUUAGUUGUAAUAACAAUUAUUUAAAGAAGAAAGCUGCAAUUGUUGCUUCAAAAAUCGUUGAAAAAGAACCAGAUUUAAGUGAAAUCUUUAUUUCUCAAGUGGAUCAAUUAUUGAAUAGUCAUGAUCAUGGGGUAUUGAUUGGUGCUACUAAAUUGAUUAGAUCAUUGUACACCGUAUCACCGGAAUUUAGACAAGAAUUAAUUUCCAAAAUUCCAAAGAUUAUUGAAUUAUUAAAAUCAUUAUUAAGUAGUAAUUUGAAUCAAGAUUAUGAUUUAGUAAAUAUUCAUGAUCCUUUCUUACAAAUUGCAUUAAUUAGAACUUUAAGAACUUUUUUCACUGAUGAUGAACAAUAUCAAUCAACUUCCAAGUAUAAUGAACAAUUAAAUGAUAUUUUAACAAUUGUUGUUUCAAAUAAUGAUUUCUCCAAAAAUGCUGGUGGCUCCGUUAUACAUGAAGCUGUUAAAACUAUUUUCAGUAUUCAAAAUUUGGAUCCUGCUUUAAAAGUCUUGGGUAUUAAUACAUUAGGUGAAUUAUUAAGUGCUAAAAAGGAAAAUAAUAAUAGAUAUAUUGCAUUAAACACUUUGCUCUCAGUUGUUGAAAUUGAACCACUUGCAGUACAAAGACAUCGUUCCACUAUUGUUGCAUGUUUAUCAGAUCUAGAUAUUUCCAUAAAGAGACGUGCAUUGGAAUUAUCAUUUGCUAUAUUAGAUAAUUCAAAUAUUCGUAUCCUAAUUAAAGAAAUUUUAAAUUUUUUGGAAGACCCAAUAAAUAAUGAUAAAGAUUUAAAACUUUAUAUUACAACAAAUAUUGUUAAUAUUUUGGAAAGAUCAGAAUUAAUUCCAAAUGAAAAAUGGAAAUUUGAUACUUUAGCAAGAUUAGUUAAAUCAAAUGGUGAUUUUAUCACACAAAGUAUUUCAUCACAAAUUUUAGGUUUGAUUAUAAAUAUUCCAAAUUCGGAUGAAUUGAAAACUUAUACUGUUAAUAAAUUAUUUAAAUUAGGUUAUGAAGAUUAUAAUCAAAAUGGAUUAAAUCUAAUCGUAUCUUGGUUAGUUGGUGAAUAUGGUGAUUUAUUACUCAAAUCAAAAUUACAAGAUGAAACCGCAAUUACAGAUGAUAUGUUAUCAGAUUAUUUAAUCUCAUUAGCAAAUUUACAAAAUGAUAAUAAUACAUUAAUUUCAUAUAUUUUAACAUCAUCAUUAAAAUUAUCUGGAAGAAUUAGUUCAUCAUCAUCAAAAAAUAAAUUGAAAAACUUCAUUGAAUCCAAGACCAAAUCAGUUGAUUUAGGUAUUCAAAUUAAAGCUGUUAGUUAUAGUGUUAUUUUCAAUGAACCUGAUCAUAUUAAAAAAGGGUUAUUAGAUAAAAUGCCCCCACCACCAAUUAAAGUUAAAGAUACAAUUACAUUAACAAAUAGAAUUUCCAAACCACUUACAACUGGUACAUCAAUCAAUUCAACACAUUCAAAUAAUGGUAAAACUUCAAAAACUGAGGACUUAUUAUUAGAUUUAAUGGAUGAUGAACCUAUUCCGAAUCAAAAAUCAUCAAAUGAAGUUGAUUUAUUGAAUGAUAUUUUCAAUAAUAAUGGUCCACAAGCAACAGGUGGUAAAUCAUCAAGUAAUGAUAUUUUAGGGUUAUUUGAUUCACCAGCUCAACUACAACAACAACAACCAAAUAAAUCAACCUCAUUAGGAAUUGAAGCUUUGAAAACUGAUAAGGUUAAAGUUUCAUUUACAUUAAAACAAGUUGAAUCAGGUUCUGCAUUAAUUGAAACUCAAAUUUCAAAUUUAACUUCAUCAAAAAUUUCAAAUUUACAAUUAUUAAUUGCUGUACCUAAAACUCAAAAAUUAACAAUGUCAUCAAUUUCAAAUCCAAUAAUUGAUGAGUUUGGUAUUGUUACUCAAGAUUUGAAGAUUGUUGGUUCAAAAAGUUCCAAAAUAAAAUUAAGAGUUAAAUUUGAAUUUGAUAUUAAUGGGGUUAAACAAACUGAACAAUUUGAUUUUGGUAAAUUUAAAGAAACAUUAUAG